AUGGCGCAACUGGCCCGGCCGACCUUGGGGAUUUUAUCUCAACUCUUCCACUACCGUCAUUCCACUUUUAUCUUCCGGCCACCGUCUAGGCUAAGGCUACGAACAUUCCAUUCCGUCCGCCCGAUAUUAUCUGAUGCAAAACAGGCCCCCAUCCGUUUCGGAUUCGGCUCUGUUCCUCAUCCUCCUCCUCCUCAGCGGAAUUUAAGUGUCCGAGCGGCGAAUGGAGUCGACGAGUCCGGCGCUGUGGACUCCAAUUUGAUCCAGUCGAUGGAGAAGAAGAUUAAGGAACAUCUUUCUGCAGAAUCAGUCAUUGUAACAGAUGCCUAUGGUGAUGGUCGUCAUGUUAGCAUUGAUGUUGUAUCUGCUGCGUUUGAGGGACAAUCUGCUGUGAAUAGACAGAGAAUGGUUUACAAAGCCAUAUGGGAAGAACUUCAAAACACUGUGCACGCAGUUGACCAGAUGAUCACCAAGACUCCUGGAGAAGCAGAAGCUACUAAGUGA